AUGGCUCCGUCUUUGUACUCGAUGCAAACUAGCCCUCCAGCUAGAGCUGUCCAAAUGUGUGCCAAGGCCAUCAAUCUUGAUCUGAAAAUAAUAAAUGUGGACGUGAUAGGCGGGGAACAUAUGAAAGAGGAAUAUCUAAAGAAAAACCCUCAACACACCGUACCAUUGCUGGACGAUGACGGUUUUCUGUUAGCCGAUAGCCAUGCUAUCAUGGUGUAUUUGGUAUCAAAAUACGGAAAAGACGACUCAUUGUAUCCCAAAGAUUUGAAGAAAAGAGCUAUUAUCGAUCACAGACUUCACUAUGAUUCGAGUUGUUUGUUCAUCAGAGGACUUGUAAUCGCUAAAGGAAUUCUCUUCCAAGGUGAGAAGACAAUCGAUCCUAAGAAGGUAGAAGCCAUCGAGGAAUCGUACCAAGUCGUGGAGAAGUUCCUGGAGGAAAGCCCUUACGUGGCAGGGGACAGUUUAUCUUUGGCUGAUUUGAGUUUCGUUACUAGCAUCAUCACAUGGCAUGUGACUUUUGCUCCGGUGAAUGCAGCCAAGUACCCAAAAAUUACCGCUUGGAUAAAGAGAAUGCAAAAAUUGCCUUACUAUCAGGAGGUUAACCAAAAAGGGCUAAAAGAUGUGGAGGCAACAAUAAAGAGCAAAUUAGCUAAUUAG